AUGUUAGAUGGUUGUCACAACAUUUUCAUCUUACAGAAGUGUGCUCCUCAAGCCCAUUCGACUCCGUUUGAUCAAAUCAGUGGAAAUCCAUUUGAAACGGCAACGGGAGGAGGCAAGGAAGUGAGUAGAUGUGUGGUUUUCAACAGUGAUUAUCCAUUAUCUCUAGCUGAUGUACCAAUCUCACCGGUUAUCCGUGAAGACAGUUUCGAAAAAGUUGACAGUUGCGUUCUGCCUGAGUAUCCUGGGUUAUCAACCGGUGAUGUUCCUGUUCUCAAAGAUACAUCAAACGGUGAGGAGUAUUUGACGUUUUUAGUAUAUGUAUUGUUGUAUUUAAAUUUAGUAUCUGGAGCUGACAAUGACGAUACUGACAAUGAUGCAAAUACUCUGGCUGCUCUUUUAGAAACAUCAAUGGAUUUGUCCUUAUGUGGACACGUGAACGGCGAAUAUCUUAUGGAUGCCGCUGGUGUAUUACCGGAGGUUAUAGGUUUCCUUUAUUAUCUGCGCCAAUUUGCUCCAGGCUUGUACCCCGAUCCCUUUCUUGCGGCAUGGGAUGAAUAUGAUGAAGAAAAAGAGUCUGAAAAUGACAGGCCUACUGAAUAUGCUAGUAAGGAUCAACUGUUUGUAACUAUGGGCAUGGCAAUGGGUGGUGCAGACUUGGAGCAUUUCCAGGAUCAAGUACUCUCGGCCUUACUUCAAAUCGCAAUUUCGUUGGUAGUGGCUGAAGAACGGCUUGAGUUUGAACAUCGUGAUUUGCAUAUUGGUAAUGUGCUUGUAUUGGAAGAGGACAACGAUUUGGAUCUCAUUUUGCUUGCAUGUUUUUUAGAGGGAACCACGCUCUUUCGUGAUCUCGAAUCUGAUGAAGAACUUUUUGCCGGUACUGGUGAUUAUCAAUUUGACAUCUAUAGAAUGAUGCGACAUGAGAACCAGUAA